AUGGCUUACUGGAUUUUCUUUUGGACAGACUGGAGACCCCCGGUGAUCAAACUGAAUUCCAAGGUGGUGAAGGGGUCAGAGGUCACCCUGGCUGUGGGGACACCCCUGGUUCUGAACUGUGAGGGUGACAGUGAUGUCAACUUGACCACAGCACAUCAGAAGCACAGGAAUCAUGUCCUCAACAACGUCUUCAAAGUGGUGCAGCCCACAGCGGAUUUUACUGGAACAUACAAGUGUGCAUAUUGGAGCCGUCAGGACCUCUUCUCCACUGUCCACCUUUAUGUGAAAGAUCCGAAUAACCUGUUCGUGCCGGCGCGCCCCAUGCUCCGGACAUCAAAGGAGGGCGAGAGUGUUCUGCUGCCAUGCCUGCUCACGGACCCCAGUGCCACCCACUUCUCUCUCCGCAUGGAGAACGGCACCGCUGCCCCCCCGGGAAUGAACUACACCGCUGACCCCAGGAUGGGGGUCCUGAUCCGAGACCUCCAUCCCAGCUACAGCGCCGAAUAUGUCUGCAGCGCCAGGGUCAGCGGGGUGGAGAAGACCUCCGUAAAAUUCACCCUCAGCAUCACAGAAAGGUUGCGUUCUCCACCAUCUGUGGCUCUGGAGAGAGAUGAAUUUGUGAGGCUCGUUGGGGAGAGGCUGCAGAUAACCUGCACCACCCACAACCCAAACUUUGACUACAACAUCACCUGGAAACACUCCUAUGGCAAGACAUUAAUUCCUGAAUUCCAAGUGGAUUCCGGCAGAAAUCGUGUUAGCAUCAAGAGUACUGUGACAAUCCCUGCGGUGAAUGUGUCAGACACAGGGAACUUAACCUGUACAGGCAUGAACGAGGCAGGCCUCAACAGCUCCACUGCCCACCUGCAGGUAGUAGAGGAGCCUUAUCUCAGGCUCUCACCCCGACUGACACGAAAACCCAAAUGGUGUGGAACAGCCAUUGAGGUGAACGAAGGUGAGGAUGUGGAGUUGAAGGUGGGAAUCGAAGCAUACCCUGAAAUCGAGGUCAAGGGCUGGGACACACCCACAUCCCAUAACACCUCACAGGAGUUCUACCAAAGGAAUUACAGGUAUGAGGCAACUCUGCUGCUGAAGAGGAUGAAGCCUGGAGAACAGGGCCAAUACAUCUUCUAUGCCCAGAGCAGCAAGGCUAACGGCUCCAUCACCUUUCAUGUUCGGAUGUACCAGAGCCCCAGCGCUGUGCUCAGCUGGAGUAACAGCAGCACGCUGACCUGCACCUCCUUGGGAUACCCGGCUCCCAGAAUCCUCUGGUACCAGUGUUCCGGAAUCAGAAGCACGUGCCGUGAGAAUGACACUGGUGUGUGGGAGCUGGCCCCCACAGCAACAGUGGAGGUGCAGCAUGCAGAAUAUGGGCCAGCGGAGGUGAAGAGCACGCUGACCCUGGCCCCGCCCGGUGACAGGACGACCGUGGAGUGUGUGGCCCUGAACUCUGUGGGAGAGAGCCAUGACACCUUUACCAUGAACGUCCCUCAAGCCCUUGGCUCCCCCUCGGACCUGUGGAUGUCUAAGCUGCUCAUUCCCAUCCUGGCCGGCACAGUUGGCUUCUUUCUGCUUCUGCUCAUCAUUCUGCUGUACAAGUACAAACAGAAACCAAGGUAUGAAAUCCGGUGGAAAAUCAUCGAGACCACUGAUGGGAACAGCUACACCUUUAUUGACCCUACUCAGCUUCCAUACAAUGAGAAGUUGGAGUUCCCCAGAGACAAACUCAAAUUUGGGAAGGUACUGGGAGCAGGGGCAUUUGGAAAGGUGGUUGAGGCCACUGCCUACGGUCUUGGAACACAAGAAAGUGUUCAGCGUGUGGCAGUGAAGAUGCUGAAACCCUCGGCCCACUAUGAGGAGAGAGAGGCACUGAUGUCGGAGCUGAAGAUUCUGAGUCACCUGGGACAGCAUCAGAACAUUGUGAACCUGCUGGGUGCCUGCACUCAUGGAGGGCCAGUACUGAUUAUCACGGAGUACUGUACCCAUGGCGACCUGCUGAACCUCCUGCGGAGCCAGGCGGAGACAUUCCUGAACUCUGUCAUGAGCCUGGCUGGAGUCCUGGAGGGCAUCAGCGACUACAAAAACCUGUCCGUCAAAAGGACCGACAGUGGAAUCUCCUGCUCCUGCUCUGAUGGUUACCAGGAGAUGAAACCUGCACAGGCACUGACCAAGGCCUCUCAGGGCCCAUCCUGUGAGGACGCUGAGGUGGACAUCUGGUCACUGGACAUGAAUGACCUGCUCAAAUUCUCCUUCCAGGUGGCUCAGGGACUGGAAUUCCUAGCAUCUAAAAAUUGUAUCCACAGAGACGUAGCAGCCAGGAAUGUGCUCCUCACUGAUUCUCUGACUGCCAAGAUCUGCGACUUCGGCCUGGCACGAGACAUCAUGAAUGACUCCAACUACGUGGUGAAAGGAAAUGCCCGGCUGCCAGUGAAGUGGAUGGCACCAGAGAGCAUCUUUGAGUGCGUGUACACCGUGCAGAGUGACGUCUGGUCCUAUGGAAUACUAAUGUGGGAGAUAUUCUCUAUGGGUAAAAGCCCAUAUCCUGGCAUCCCAGUGGACACCAGGUUUUACAAAAUGAUCAAAGAUGGUUGCCACAUGUGCCAGCCAGACUUCGCCCCUGCUGAGAUAUACACAAUUAUAAAAAUGUGCUGGAAUCUGGAGCCCACAGAGAGGCCAACAUUCAGCAAGAUCGGCCAGAUGAUCGAGAGGCUGUUUCAAGACCGACAUGAGCAGACCUAUAAAAACAUUCAGCAGGAUGCACUGCACCACCAGCCAGAGUUGUGUCACACUUGCGAGGGCGGUGAGGAGUCAUGUGAUCGGUCAUGUGACCAGGGAGAUGAGGGGCAGCCUCUGAUGAAGACCAACAACUAUCAGUUCUGCUGAGAUGCAGACUGCAUGGCUGAUCUCCUCUGUUCAGAUCCACGCCAGGACAAUCCAUCACUGGAAGUUUUACAUUUUCACACAUUUCAGACACCUUCCUCUGCAUUUGCACCAUUAAGCCUCUCCUUUGAUGCUCACUUUCUGAACUGAAGCACACUGUGCCUUAGUCAAUGCAAAGCUAUGCAUUCAGGCCAUGCGUUUACACUGUAAAUGCAAAUCACUGUCAUGUGACCUUUACAGGUCAACUCUCAUCUAGAUACUUACAGGACAAAGUAAAUAGGGGUGUUUUUAGGUCCUGGAAACUGGUGGCUCCUUUUUUCCCCAGGCUGUAAAUAAGGGAGGGAAGGUACUGUCUGCAUGCUAAGUUCCUGAUGAGCUCUAAAGGAGUUCUGUCAGCAGGGGCAUGUGUUGAUCCUGAGU